AUGACCAGGAGAAUAAAGAAGAUGCUCUUCCAAAACAAGAAGUUCAUCCCAAAGAGAAACUUCAAAAAGGACAAGGGAGAAAGUAGCAAGGCGGAUCCUCCCAUAUGCUUUGAAUUCAAUAAGCCAGGUCACAUUAGAACGGAUUAUCUCAAAUUGAAGAAGCCUUUUAAGAAGUUUGAGAAGAAGGUACUUAAAGCAACAUGGGAUGAAUCAAGUGACUUCGAAGAUGAGGAGAUUGUUGAUCAAGUUGCCCAAAUGUGCUUAAUGGCCAUGGAGGAAAGCUCCAAUGAGGUAACUUUAAAUGAUGAUGUUGUAGAAUUUUCAUAUGAUGAACUAGUUAAUGCUCUUAAAGUUAUGAAUGAUGAACUAGAAUUAAGUCAUAAGAGAAAUAAACUUUUGAAAAGUGAGCUUGCUAGUUUAAGGAAGGAGAAUGAGACUUCAUUUAAGGUGUCCUUGAAAUCCUCAAAGCUUGAAAGCAAGUGGUACUUGGAUAGUGGAUGUUCAAGACACAUGACCGGAAAUGCCAAUCUCUUCCUUUCACUUGAAAAGAGAGAUGGAGGUGGGCAAGUGACUUUCAGUGAUAAUGGUAAAGGUAAAAUUGUGGGAAUAGGUAAGUCUAAAUCUUGCUUUGUGUCUAGGAUGAGUGAUAACAAAAUGUUGUUUAUUGGUGAAAGAAUUGAAAAUAUUUAUGUUAUCAAUUUGAAUGCUUUGUCUAACAAAGAUGUCAAGUGUUUUGUUUUUAUUAGUAAUGACUCUUGGACUUGGCAUAGAAGGCUUGCACAUGCUAGUAUGGACCUUCUUGCAAACUUGAACAAGGAUGAGCUAGUUGAGGGGCUACCAAAUAUCAAGAUUCAAAAGGAUAAGGUGUGUAAUGCAUGCCAAAUAGAAGCCAUUAAUACGGCUUGUAAUGUUUCAAAUAGAGUUUUGAUUAGGCCCAUUUUGAAGAAAACCCCUUAUGAGCUAUGGAAUGGCAAGAAACCUAAAAUAGGUAUCUUCUUGGGGUACUCUACAUCUAGUAAAGCAUAUAAAGUCUUCAAUAAGAAAACCUUAGUUAUUGAGGAGUCAAUACCUGUUGUAUUUGAUGAAGCUAACCCCUUUGGUUCUAGAAAGGAUAUUUCUUGUGAUGAUGAUGUUGUAGGUAAUCUUGAUGAGUUGACUCUUGAAGAUCCUCAAUCUAGUGGAAUUCAAGAUAAACACAUGGAAGAUCCCUUGAAGGACUUGAGAGUUGAUCAAGUUAAGCUUUAA